AUGGAGGUCCAGAUGAGACGGGGCGGCGCGAUGGGCCUGGUCCAGGCGGCGGCGGCGGUACUCUCCUACGUGGUGCUGAUCAUGGCGUCGACGGCGGGGGUGCGCGCGCAGCUGCGGGUGGGGUUCUACGACAGCUCGUGCCCGGCGGCGGAGAUCAUCGUGCAGCAGGAGGUGAGCAAGGCGGUGUCCGGCAACCCGGGCCUCGCGGCGGGCCUCCUCCGGCUCCACUUCCACGACUGCUUCGUGGGCGGCUGCGAGGCGUCGGUGCUGGUCGACUCCAGCAAGGGCAACACGGCGGAGAAGGACGCCGGGCCCAACACGAGCCUGCGCGGGUUCGAGGUGGUCGACCGGAUCAAGGCGCGGGUGGAGCAGGCCUGCUUCGGCGUCGUCUCCUGCGCCGACAUCCUCGCCUUCGCUGCCAGGGACAGCGUCGCGCUGACCGGCGGGAACGCGUACCAGGUGCCCGCGGGGCGGAGGGACGGGGGCGUGUCGCGGGCGCAGGACACGGGCGGCAACCUGCCGCCCCCGACCCCCAACGUGAACCAGCUCACCAAGAUCUUCGCCUCCAAGGGGCUCAGCCAGAAGGACCUGGUGACCCUGUCCGGCGCGCACACCAUCGGCGGCUCGCACUGCAGCUCCUUCAGCAGCCGCCUGCAGACGCCGUCCCCGACGGCGCAGGACCCGACCAUGGACCCCGGCUACGUGGCGCAGCUGGCGCAGCAGUGCGGCGCGUCCGCUGCGCCGGGGCCGCUGGUGCCCAUGGACGCCGUCACCCCCAACUCCUUCGACGAAGGGUUCUACAAGGGCGUCAUGUCCAACCGGGGCCUGCUCGCCUCCGACCAGGCGCUGCUCAGCGACGGGAACACCGCCGUGCAGGUGGUCUCCUACGCCAACGACCCGGCCACCUUCCAGAGCGACUUCGCCGCUGCCAUGGUCAAGAUGGGCUACAUCGGCGCGCUCACCGGCAGCAGCGGCAAGAUCAGGGCCAACUGCAGAGUCGUAUGA